CUUGCUACGACGAGUCCGACCACCGAGAACUUGGAGUCCGGUAACGUUACAAGCGUACAGACACGACCGUGGAACCUAGAAUACACCACACCGCGGUUAAAAUAUGAAAAGAGAACGCUUUCAUAUCUUUAUCGUAUAAUAUAUAUAUUUUAUUUUCCUCAUCGGGGGUCUUGGAAAACGGAAGACCAUAAGUACACUACAGAAGCGAGGAUAUAGCAGCGAUACCUUCCUUCACACGCACGGUCACAUAUCCUCCAUAUACACCCUCACAGACACACAACUAGAACCAAAACAGUCAUAUCUACAAUUCUACUCCAGCCCACAAACGAAGACUUAUUUUUGGAUAAACACCCUUUUCUGGACCGAGUCAUGGAUGUGUGUUCGUACUGGAGCAGGAUAUGCUGUCGGAGGGUGUUGUUUCUGUUCUGUGUGUUCCAGGAAUAUCUCAGCUCGAUGUUGGACUGCCCGCCAACCUGCAGCUGCUCGCUCACCGAGAUAUAUUGUAAUAAAUCCGACACCGGGAAAUUCUUCCCUGUGGUGGCGCUCCAAGACACCGGGAGCUCAGGCAACAGCAGUGUGGAUAUAGCCGAGCUUUUCAACAAUAUCUCGUCCAUACACAUAGAGAACUGGACAGGACUGCAGACUCUGAGAGACGUGGACAUGGAGCUGUACACUGGACUACAGAGGCUAAUCAUUAUAAACUGCAGUCUGCACUCUAUCCAGGCCCGGGCUUUCUCCCAGAACCCUCAUCUACGAUACAUAAACCUAUCCAAGAACCCUCUAACCACCUUGUCCUGGCAACUGUUCCAGAACCUGCAACUUUCCGAGCUGAGGCUGGACGGUGUGGUGUUUGACUGUGGUUGCGACGUGCGUUGGAUCCAGCUUUGGCAGCAGAGAGGAGAGGCGGGGCUUCACACCCAGAUGCUGUUCUGCAGAAACGGGGCCUUUAAGAUACGAUUGCAAAACAUGUACAUUACCUUAUGUGACGUACCAGAGAUCAGUGUAAGCCACAACAGUAGCCUGAUGAUGAUAGAGGGUGAUAAUGUAACGGUCAGCUGUAAUGGGUCAGGAGCUCCCCUCCCCGAAGUCGACUGGACCGUCGCUGGACUACACUCCAUCAACACACACCUGUCUAAUGUCUACUGGCCUAACAUCCAUUCUAUUAACCUGACGCUAGUCAACGUAAGUCGAGACGACAACGGCUUCCUGCUCACCUGCAUAGCAGAGAACCUAGUGGGAAUGACCAACGCUUCCAUCCAGCUGGCUGUACAGUUUCCACCAGUCAUCCUGAAACUGUCCGAGCCUGAGCGACGCCAUGACACCUGCAUAGAGUUCACAGUGAGAGGCUAUCCCUACCCGACGCUGCGAUGGUACCACAAACAGAGAGAGAUCCUGCAGAGUGAGUACAUCAGGACAGAGAUGGAUUUCUACCGGGACUAUCUGGAGGGAUGUCUGACUCUUCUCAACCCAACACACUACGAUAACGGAAACUACACGCUGGAGGCCUCCAACUCCCUGGGGACCGUCACCAAGACGGUCUACGGACACUUCCUCACGGCUCCGCCCUUUGACCCUGACGCCUCCUCUCAUCCUUCAAAUUGUAUCCGACAGCAGCCGACAGAGACUCCAUUUCAUGGUUGUGAGUCUGUGUGUUGGGUUGUAUUCUCCAGUGCUCCUACUGUCUCUGUCUGUAUUCCAGGUAGCCCAGUGCCAUCAAACAAUGCCAUCAGGCCGGAAGAGGAGACGUUUGGGGUGUCGAUAGCAGUAGGUCUGGCUGGUUUCACCAGUGUUCUCCUCAUCGUCCUCUUCAUUCUCAUCAACAAAUAUGGCCGACGCAACAAGUAUGGAUUGAAGGGUAAGUCAUAGUGCACUACAUGACCAAAUGUAUGUGGACACCUGCUCCUCCAACAUCUCAUUCCAUAAAUCAUGGGGAUGAAUUCA